AUGCAGGCUUCCAGCUUGAUCAACCAGGCUGAACUCUCAGCCGUGCGGUUGAGUAUCAUUAUCGUUGGCGCCGGUCUUGGUGGGCUAGCAGCGGCUAUUGCCCUUGCCAGGAAGGGACAUAAGGUCACGGUCUUCGAGCAAGCCCCUGCCCUUGCUGAGGUCGGUGCUGGAAUCCAGAUCCCAUCAAACUCGAGUCGGCUCCUCCUGAAAUGGGGGUUGAGACCAUUCCUUGGCGACAAGGUUGUCGAGCCAGAGGACAUCAAGUUCCGGCGAUGGGAGAACGGCGCCCCCAUCGGCCUCACCAAGCUCAUCCCAGACUUCCAGGAGAACUUCGACGCGCCGUAUUACGUGGUCCAUCGGGCACAUUUCCACGACGCGAUGUAUCAAUUGGCCCUGCAGCUCGGCGUGGAGGUGCAGAUCAACUCCAAAGUGGUGGACUAUGACGCCGAGAAACCGUCCAUCAUCACCGAACACGGCCAGUCCUUCACGGCCGAUCUCAUCAUCUGUUCGGAUGGAGUCAAAUCCGUAGGACGGCCGAAAGUGCUCGGUGGCGUGGACCAACCAGCGUUGCGCACCGGCUUUGCCGCCUACCGCGCGACCGUCAACGUCGAGGAGAUGAAGCUACAUCCCGAGCUCGUUGAGCUCCGAGCGAAGCCCGGCCUCAAUCUCUGGAUCGGCAACAUGAGACACGUCAUGACAUAUACGAUUGCGGGCGGCAAGUCGUUCAACAUGGUCCUUUCGCACCCGGACCGCUCAGACCCGGCGACCUGGAACCAGCGGAGCCCGGCCGAGAUCCUGACCGACAUGCGGUCUCACUUCAACGGCUGGGACCCGCGACUCACCAAGAUCAUCGACAUGAUCAAGACGACGCUCAAAUGGCCGCUGGUCAGCGGCUCGGCCCUCCCUCGCUGGGUGGCACCUUCGAACAAGCUCCUGAUCAUGGGCGACGCCGCACACGCCAUGGUGCCCUACAUGUCCGAGGGGGCUGCCAUGGCGGUCGAGGACGCCGCAGCACUGGCGGAGGCCAUCGACCUGGUGAGUACCGCCAAGGAGCUGCCCGAAGCGCUGCACGUCUGGGAAACCGUGCGCAUCAAGCGCACAUCCCAGAUGCAGGAGGCCAGUCUGAUCAAUGGCAAGCUGUGGCAUUUCGCGGACGGGCCCGUGCAGAGGGCGCGCGACGAGGCCAUGAGGCCCGAAGUGGAAGGCAAACAGUUCGUCACCAGCCCGAACCAGUGGAGCGACCCGACGACCCAGAGGUGGUGCUAUGGCUAUGAUGCAGAGGAGGAGAUCAAGCGGGCGUGGGAGAUGCGAGCGCCGAAAUCGAAAUCGAAUGCUAAUAUGGUGAAUGGAGAUCUGAACGGCCAUUAA